GUCCAUACGACAUGGAACCAAAGAGGAUCAGGGAGGGCUACCUUGUAAAGAGGGGGAGUGUGUUCAACACCUGGAAACCCAUGUGGGUUGUAUUAUUAGAAGAUGGAAUUGAAUUCUAUAAGAAGAAAAGUGACAAUAGUCCCAAAGGAAUGAUCCCCUUGAAAGGAAGUGCUCUGACUAGCCCUUGUCAAGACUUUGGCAAAAGAAUGUUUGUGUUUAAGAUCACCACUACCAAACAGCAGGACCACUUCUUCCAGGCAGCCUUCCUGGAGGAGAGAGAUGCCUGGGUUCGGGACACCAAGAAAGCCAUUAAAUGUAUUGAAGGAGGCCAGAAGUUUGCAAGGAAAUCCACCAGGAAAUCCAUUCGACUGCCAGAAACUAUUGAUUUAAGUGCCAUGUAUCUGUCCAUGAAAGACACUGACAAAGGAAUAAAAGAACUGAAUCUUGAGAAGGACAAGAAGAUUUUUAAUCACUGUUUCACAGGUAGCUGUGUCAUCGACUGGCUGUUAUCCAACCAGUCCAUUCGGAAUCGCCAGGAAGGUCUCAUGAUUGCCUCAUCACUGCUCAAUGAAGGGUACCUGCAGCCUGCAGGAGACCUAUCCAAGGCGGCAGUGGAUGGCACCUCUGAUAGCCCUUUCCUGGACAAUGCUGAUGCCUUCUACUACUUUCCAGACAGUGGUUUUUUCUGUGAAGAGAAUUCCAGUGAUGAGGAUGUGAUUCUGAGAGAAGAAUUCAGAGGGAUCAUUAUUAAGCAGGGAUGCUUGCUCAAACAGGGGCAUAGGAGGAAAAACUGGAAAGUGAGGAAGUUCGUUCUGAGAGAAGACCCCGCCUACCUGCACUACUAUGACCCUGCUGGGGGGGAAGAUCCUUUGGGAACAAUUCAUUUGAGAGGCUGUGUGGUGACUUCAGUAGAGAGCAACACUGAUGGUAGGAAGAGUGAUGAGGAGAACCUUUUUGAGAUCAUCACUGCGGAUGAAGUGCAUUACUUCUUACAAGCAGCCACCCCCAAGGAGCGCACCGAUUGGAUCAAAGCCAUCCAGGCAGUCUCCCGAACGGGGAAGUGA